UCCGGGUCAACCAUGGCGCCGGGCUCGGCCUUGCAGCGGCUGCUUUGCACGGGUCUCCGACCCGCGGCGCUGCGUCUGCGCCCCCUCCCGAGCCUGGCCCAGGGUCCGAGCCGCGGGACGCAUGCUUCCCCGGCGUCCAGCGACCCCCAGAACGAUGGUGGUAAGGUGGGGCUGGAGGGGAUCCCAGGGGCGACCGAGGCCGGUAGCACAAAGCUUGGCUCCGCAGAUUUCAGCCGCCUGGUUCUCAGCGAGCCCCUCAAGCACGCAGAUUUCUUCAAUGUGAAGGAACUGUUUUCCCUGCGCAGCCUCUUCGAUGCCCGUGUGCACCUAGGCCACAAAGCCGGCUGCAGACACAGGUUUAUGGAGCCAUACAUCUUCGGAAGCCGCCUGGACCAGGACAUCAUAGACCUGGACCAGACAGUUGAACACCUGCAGCUGGCCUUGAACUUCAUAGCACAUGUGGCCUACCGCGGCGGCAUCAUCCUAUUUGUGAGCCGCAACCGGCAGUUCUGCCACUUGAUCGAGAAGACAGCCCAGGCCUGUGGGGAGUACGCUCACACCCGAUACUUCAAGGGGGGCCUGCUGACCAACGCCCCACUCCUCCUAGGCCCUGGGGUGCGCCUGCCAGACCUCCUCAUCUUCUUGCACACACUUAACAAUGUCUUUGAAUCACACGUGGCUGUGCGGGACGCAGCCAAGAUGAGCAUCCCUACCGUGGGCAUUGUGGAUACCAACUGCAACCCCUCCCUGCUCACCUACCCUGUGCCUGGGAACGACGACUCACCAUCUGCAGUCCACCUCUACUGCAGGCUCUUCAGCACGGUCAUCAACCGUGCCAAGGAGAAGCGGAAGCAGAUGGAGGCGCUCUACAGGCUGCAGGGCCAGGGGCCCCCAGAGCCUCCACCAGCAGCCCCAGUCAGCCCGGACUCUACCCUUCCUCUGGGCUCUUCCCGUGCUCCCCAAUAAACCUCCUAAGUUUGGUUUA